AUGAGCCCUUUGGAGCGUUUUCUUGGAGCCAACGGAGAGCCGAAAUUCGAACAGUGUCUGGCAAAGAGCACCAGUUGCUCUUGGAACAGCGAGUGUUGCACUUGCUACUGUGACUGGUUGCUGCCUUUCAUCGGGAAGUGCAGGCAGACUGUCGGGCCGCCGGCCUGCGGCGAAGCAUGGGCUAAGGACCUCAGCCACCUUGGAGAAUUGCGCAAGGAUUUGCUGCACAAGAACGUUGGACUGUAG